AUGGCGGCAAACCGGCGACGAUUGCGACUGGUUGCAGAGGCACAGGGGGAAAUCCGUGUACCCUGGACCAACUCCUCCGCUAUAUUGCUAAAAAUCCCAAUGGCAUUCCUACCCGACCCACCCCGGCAACUUCUUACCCAGCACUGCCCGACAUGGACCAGACGGCUUAAAGUAUUGCAGUCAAAGACUCUGAGGGUCAUGAUUUCGUUCCUGGCCAAACUUGCGUUCAGUGCCAAUGCGUUUGCCAGUCUCCUCCCUGCCAACGCCGACUUGCUCAAGAAAGUCCUCCAGGAUAUUCGCAAUAUCCGCCUGGAGGCCACCUUAAAGACGCUUUUGCAGCACAAUGCCAGUAAAGGCAUUGACGUAAAGUCCAUAUCGAUCCCUCUCUACGAUGGUGCGCCUGAUAACCUCAAAGUGACCAUCGUUGAUGCUCCGGCAAUCGUGGAGACAAAUGAUGGGUUGACAAAAAAGGAUUUUAAAAGAAGGUGGUUAGAAAAUGCCGAUACUGGACAUCUCGAAAAUACGGACAAGUUGAAGGAAGUCUUGCAAUAUAUAGGGAUGGAUUGUUCGUAGUUUGUUGAUUCAACAGCCAGGGCAAUGACACCUGGGCACACAGUGUCAGGUCAAAUUCUUCUGGCACAUAACCUUGGAAGAAUGUUGGUAUUGGGGUUUUUUAA